AUGUUGGCCUACGCUAGAACCCUCCCAGCACGCUCGAUUGCAAGAUGCAUUCGUUUCCAAUCGUCCUACCCGCCACAUCACAUCAUUGGUAUGCCUGCUCUGUCCCCAACAAUGACACAGGGUAACCUCGCUGUGUGGAACAAGGCUGUCGGUGACCAGCUGUCUCCAGGUGAGGCGAUUGCCGAGGUUGAGACCGACAAGGCUCAGAUGGACUUUGAGUUCCAGGAGGAUGGGUACCUCGCCAAGAUCCUCGUGCCAGCAGGCUCGAAGGACAUCCCUGUCAACACCCCAAUCGCCGUUUACGUUGAGGAGAAGGGCGAUGUUGAUGCCUUCAAGGACUUCACCGUGGAGGCCGCGCCAGCAAAGGCCACACAGGAGGAGGCUCCAAAGAAGCAAGCACAGGAAGAGGCUCCAAAGGCUGCUGCCACUGAAACCAAGCCAGCCGAGACCGCUAGAGCGCCAGCUUCAUCUCCAAAGAGAGCCCCAGGUGAUAGAAUCAUUGCCUCUCCAUUGGCCAAGAACUUGGCUAUCGAGUAUGGUGUUUCUCUGAAGGGAGUUGCAGGAUCCGGUCCAAACGGUCGUAUUGUCAAGGAGGAUGUCGAGAAGCUCGUUGCCGCUAAGGAGUCUGCACCUGCAGCCAACGCUGGUGCCGCUGCUUCUGCACCAGGCGCAACACCAGCUGCUGCUUCAUUCGAGGAUAUUCCAAUCUCUAACAUGCGUCGUAUCAUUGGUGAGCGUUUGCUCCAUUCCACACAGACAAACCCAUCGUACAUUGUCUCGUCUAACAUUAGCGUCUCCAAGUUGUUGAAGUUGCGUGCUUCCCUCAAUGCCUCUGCAAACGACCGUUACAGACUCUCCAUCAACGAUAUCUUGAUCAAGGCUAUUGCAGUUGCCGCUCGUCGUGUUCCAGAGGCCAACUCUCACUGGUUGGAGGCUGAAGGUGUCAUUAGACAGUACAACAAUGUUGACGUUUCCGUCGCUGUGGCCACCCCAACUGGUCUUAUCACGCCCAUCGUGAAGGAUGCACACGCCAAGGGCCUUGCUUCAAUCUCAUCUGAAGUUAAGGACUUGGGUGCUCGUGCAAAGAUUGGUAAGUUGCUCCCACAAGAGUUCCAAGGUGGUACCAUCUGUAUCUCUAACUUGGGUAUGAACAACGCCUGCCACAUGUUUACUUCCAUCAUCAACCCUCCACAGGCCACCAUCUUGGCUAUUGGUACAGUUCAAAGAGUCGCCGUUGAGGACAAGUCCUCCGAGUUGGGUAUCUCCUUUGACGAUAAGAUCACCAUCACCGGUACCUUUGACCACAGAGUCAUCGAUGGUGCCAAGGGUGGUGAGUUCAUCAAGGCAUUGAAGGAUGUCAUUGAGAACCCAUUGGAGUUGUUGUUGUAAAGUUAACUCACUGGAUAGGGAAGGUUUUACAUAUAUAAAGAAGAAAGUGAGUACACAUAUUAUCCCACAGAAUGUGAAGAGGGAGAAACGUUUUAUAGAUACAGGAUAAUGUAGAAUUAAAAUAUAUACAAGAAUUGAAAUCAUUGUCUAACGACAUC